AUGGAAGUGGUAACCUUUCCAUUCGUUCAACAUUCUGAAUCAGCCUACGGAACCAUCGAAUGUUCAUGUAUGGAUAAUCAGAAACGGUUGGUGUUUUUGGGAACAUCGGAAGGAGUCAUUUCUUGUUUCUAUCUUCAUCAACUCUCACAAUUUAAUAACGAUUUUGAUGAUCAUCAUGAAGAGGAUGAGGAUUCAUUAGCAUUGACGGAUAGUGAUGAAGAUGAUAAUGAACAUCAACAACAACAACAACAUCAAAAACAUCAUCACAUAAAGGAACCAAGUUUUGGAAUGAGUGGAGCAAAUGGUGGACAUAAUGUUGAUUUGGUGAAUGUUUUCCUUGGAAGACCCUCUCAGAUGAAAGGAAAUAAUUCAAAGGCUCCUUCUACUCCAUUAUGGAGUAAAACUCCCAUCAAACAAAUUAUGUGUGAUGAUCAAAUUCAAGUUUUAUUUAUUCAUGUACAAAACAAUAUUGAAUUCUUUAGAUAUGAAUUUUCAACAACAAGGAAAUUACUUAAAUUAACACAUAUCAAGAGGAUACAAGAAUCUCAGGGAUUGACAUGUUUUACAUUGGAUGAAUGUAAGACAAAUAAUAGACUUUUAGUUUGUGUAAAGAAAAAGAUUAAUAUUCUUCAUUAUACGGAACAGGAUUGUCUUUCAGUUGGAUUGGAUGAAUAUGUAUUGCCAGAAUCUGUUCAGGAUGAGAGAUGUUUGGCACUCUUUGAUAGGACUCUUAUUGUUGGAUUUAAAAAGGAAUAUUCAUUGAUUAGUAUUGGAGGAGCUGAUGCAAAGUCUGCAAUUCCUAGUACAAUACUUCAAUUGAGUGAUAAAUCUGGUGAUAGAGCAUUGUGUGUUUCAAUGGAUGAUGAAGUACUACUUCGUACGGAAGCAAUUUGUGUUUUUGUAAAUAUGACUAACAAAUCAACUUCGGAACAGAGAGGUAUGCCAUCAAUUAGACCACCAAUUACUUGGUCAUCACCUCCACAACACAUUUCAUUCUCAUUUCCAUAUAUUGUUGGUGUUUUGGAUCAGGGAAGAAAGAUUGAAAUUUAUAGUAUCUAUGAUGCCAGACUUGUAAAAACCUUGUACAUUCAACCAACAACAAAUACUGUAACAUACACACUUGAAAAUGGUUCUCAGGAUACUAAUCAAUUGAAUAAUGUUCUCUCUUGGAAAAUUCUUCAAGGAUCUGUCAAUUCAGGUGUUUUGGCUGUUUGUGACAGUUUCAUUCCAACCACAGCUUCAUCUGGAAUUGGAUUUAAAAAGGAAAAGAAGGAGAAGGUUCAAACAUUUGUUCUAUUGUGCCCAAUUUCAUAUGAAAAGCAAAUAUCUGCCCUCUUUGAAAUGGCUCACUGUUCUGAGGCAUUUGAACUUUUUGAAAGAAUGAUUGAAUUCAAGAGGGAGAAGGGAGAAUAUAUCGACCCAAUCAUUGAGAAGAGAUGGAGACAGCAAUUACUCCAAGAGGCAGCUUUUGCCUCUCUUUUCCACUUGGAUAUUGAGAAGGCCUUUACAUACUUUAGAGAACACGAGCAAGCACUUGAGGAUAGAAUUGGAUUUGAUAUUAGAGAAUUAAUAGUACUCUUCCCAGAAUUUAGUAGUAUUGUUCAUUCUGACGACGACUUCUAUCCAAAGGUUUCCUGGAAUGUAAAAUAUUUAAAUACCGAAUCUAGAAAACCAAAGCACUUAUUUGAUUUGUUUGUGGAAAGAAUUACAAAGAGAAGAGAUCUUUCCUCACCAACUCAUGAAGUUGAGAAGGAGGCAGAUCAAUUAGUUUCAAAGUGUAAACAGUAUUUGAGACCACUAUUAGAAUAUAGACGAAAGAAAAUUCAUUCUAUGGAAAAGCAUUCAAAGGAGGGAAUAAUAUUGGACUUUGCCUACAUGUCACAACAGUGUAAGAGUGGCAUUGAUAAUACUCUAUUCAAAAUGUAUUUGGACAUGGGAGAUUUGGGAAGAUUGAAUAGAAUGCUCAAAGAUACAAAACACAAAGGUAUCGAUGAAUCUUCUCAUCAUUCAUCCAUCAAGUGUUAUUGUACUUUGGAUAUUUGUUCUUCAAUGCUCAUGUCAGAAGUUGAGAUUUUGUCACCAGAAGCACAAGAGUUCUACAUGGCCAUGCUUUACCAGACACAUUUGAAUUAUAAUUUGCUCAAUGUUGCCAAGACAUUUUCUCUAUUUAAGGUCAUUUGUUUGGGUGAUAAGUCUGAUAUGGGUGACGUUGCAUUGGAUGAAGCUCUUACCUUGCUAUUUUCACUCUUCGAUCGACCUCUCUUGGACGAAUCUACAAAUAGUGCCUUUAUAGAUAAGAAGAAGGAAAUAUUCUGGGUAAAUUUGGAAUGGUGCCUCAAAUUGGAUCACUUUAAGAGUGUUAAAAUUUUAAAUCACAAUGUGAUUCACUUGGGAAUAGACCCAAUUUUGAAGUACAUUAGACAACACCUUGACGAGGAGACUCAAAAUGAAGUUAUUCAACUCUUCUUGGAGUAUAUCAUUCAUGAGUAUGACCAAGAACAUUCCGACAAGAAACUAGAUAUUCCAAAUCAAUACUAUACACUCCUUGCCUUAAAGUAUAUUGAUGUUAUCACUUCCUAUGAAAUUAGACAUGAUUCUGAAUUUAUUUUGGAUCUGAGAACCAAAUUCAUGUUACACAUUCAAGAAUGCAAAGAUUUAAUUACUCUGGAAACUGUCAUUUCACGUUUACAAGGAACAAGCAUGUUCCAUGAGAUGAUUCUACUCUACUCCCUCUCCAAUGAACAUGAAAAAUCAUUGAAAAUUUUACUAUUCGAUCUCUACUCUGCAGAUGGAGCAGAAAAUUAUUGUCAAGAGCAACAAGCCAGAUACACUCAAAAAUUAUACGAAAAUAUGGCCAAUUCAGAUCUGAAUUCAGUGGAUGCCACUCUUGAAAUGUACGACAGAAAUUACACCAAAGUUACCAUUCACAAUGAAUUAUUCCUCAUCCUCCUCAAAUUAUGUUUCCAAGAAUUGAAUAUUAACAAACCAAGAACAAGAGCCUACUAUGAUUUUGGAGUUUACAUUUUGAAUAAGUAUGCCAAACAUAUUGAUCCCAUCUCUGCCAUUAAAUUAUUACCCAACAAUCUCUCCACUAAGAAAAUACUCCCCUUCCUCACAUGUACAUUGAGACAAACUGCCACCAACAACAGAACUACCAGCAUUAUGAAAAACAUGAGUAAGAUUGACUUUUUCAAUGCUCAAGCUGAACUUGUGAAAUAUCAGAGUCGUAAAAAGUUUGUCACACGAAAGACCAAAUAUGAAGAACAUGAAGAAUUGAUGAGUGAUGAUCAUCGGAAUGGUGAUAAUCUUGAUUCCAUCCUUGUGGAUAAUCCAAUUCUAAUGCUCGAUAAUUUAUUCGAUCGUUUAUUGAUGAGUAAAAAGGACAUGUUGGAAAAAGUUGCCACUCUCAAAGAUUCCUAUGAUGAAUAUAUUGAUUUAUUAAUUGAUAAUAGUGAUGUGGAGAAUGAGUUUAAAAGAAGACAGGAUCAAGCCUUCGAAAGGAUUAUUAAAUAUUAUAUGAAUGGAAUGAUUGGAAAAUUAUAUCAAGCAAUGAAGAAUUUCAAGAAUGUGGAAAGAGGUGAAUUAAAAAGGAAAUUGAUUGGAAAGAUUGCUGAAUUUUUACAAUUAUCACUGGAGAAGGAGGAUGUGGAAAUGAUGAUAGAGCCAAUACUGGAGAGUUUGUUGAAUAACUCGAAUGAAGAGUCGCUCACUAGUUUUUUAACAAUCAUUCCGUUUCUGGAAGCUGGACUGAGAGAUUGCUUGAUAGUUUACGAUUUCCAUUGUAAUAUUGAUAAGAAGAAACAAGAAUCUAUUCUCAAUAGACUAGCAACCUUUGGUGAUAUUCUUGCAAGUCAAGACAUGUCAACAAUUUAUGGAUCUUCAAUUGCAUUUAUUUUGAGAAUGUGUUAUGGAAGUCAAAACACUUUAAAUUUGAGAAAUAUUUCAAUGCAUGGCUAUUUUUCCAAAGAUAAUUUCCAUUCACAACAUUUGUGGUUUCUACUGUUAGUGUUUAGCAAUUUAGGUUCUUUCAUCUCAAUUCACUUGUCAAAUGCAAAGAGCAAAAUUACCAAUAAUAAGGAACAAGCUCAAUAUGAUGAAAUGCUCAAAUCUAGAAAGCUUGAUGGUAAGAAGAAGUACCAUGAGGAGUAUGGAGUUAGUGAAAAAUCUGUUAAAUCUCUCACAAUUGAAUCGGAUUUGAUAGAGAAAUUGAAAAAUGUUGAUAUUGAACUGAUUGCUGGGAGAACUUUCUUAUUUGAUCAUGAUAGACAUGAGGAAUGGAUUGAGAUUUUAAAGGACUAUCUAUCCAUUAAUGAGGGAGACCAAUUGGAAAUAUUCAAACUAUUGUCGAAGCUCUUCCCAUUCUUUGAGAAUCUUCUUAGAAGAUUGUUUAUUUAUUCAAAUUUAGAGUUUGAUCUAUUCAAGGAAAGAUGUAGAAUGAUCAAAGUGGAAAGAGGAAGGUCACUCGUGGUUUUUGAUUCUAUUCUAAAUAACAGACCUAAUGAAUAUUAUCAAAUCACUACUAAUGCUAUUUUUGAGGAUUUUAGUGAAGGUUUAGUUAACUGUAUAUAUGAUCUUUUCAAGUGGCCACAAGGAGUAAGGAUUAGGACAUUGAUGGCUCAUGGCUGUGUACAUUGGAAUUGGAUACCAAAAAGUUACGUGGAUAGAUUGAUUCUCUUGAUAAUUUACAUUAUGAAUCAAUUUUCAAUUGAAAAAUCAGAGAAUGAAUUGCUGAAUGAGAUUUAUCACUUUCAUUUGAAUUAUUCUCCAUUAUUUCAUCCAAGAAAGAUUCUUGCUAAUGAAAUUGAAAAGACCAUUAAUUGCCUUGAACAGGUGGAACACUUUUACAACAGUAAUGAUUAUUUGAAAAUGAAAGAAUUACUCAAUGCAGAAACUGUAGAAGUAAUUUUGGAAGAUAAUACCAGACAAGCUCUAGUGGGAAAAAUUGAAUUAAUUGGAAAUAACGUUGUUGGAAUUAUAAUUGAGAAUGUAACUCAAUACAGACCUUUGAAAAUGGCUCAAGUAUUCAGACCAAUAAUUCAACAAAUUAGGUAUGGAGUUGAUGAAAUUUCUGAAAAGGAGUUCAAAGUGUUGCUAUUAGCUAACAGAAUGAGCAAUGAAAUAUCGUCCAUUCUCAAUACUCAGUUGAAUAGUCUGACAUCAAAAUGGAGCAAAUUGUCAAAAUUGUCCUCUUCACAAAAGAGCUCCUUCCUUAAUGCAAUUAAUUUUACAGAAAUAAUCCACCAAGUUUGCGAAUAUUGUUUGUCAGUUCAAAUUGGUAUUUUGACAUGCACUAACAAGAUCGAACCUUUCAUUGCUGGCUGCGACAGAUUUUGUUCUCAAUUCCAAGCUUCUCUACCAAAGAAUCACCUUUCCAAAAGUAUUGAAAUCCUGAUUGCCUUCGCCCUUGGUUCAGAUGAAGCAUCUCAAUGUGGCUAUUCAUUUGGCAACAUUAAGAACAAGACACUUCUCAAAUCUCUCUACUACGUGCAACAGAAAUAAGCUCAGUUUAUGAAACUCCAAAAGCAGAAAGAUAACAACUCCUUAUUAAUAAAUGAAAAUUGUUUUGGUGAU